AUGUCGUUAAAGCGCGUUUUCUCUGAAGAGGACUUCAUGUGCUCAGUAUGUCGGGAUAUUUUCGCUGACCCGGUCAUGCUGUCCUGCGGUCACAGCACCUGUAGGACCUGCAUCUGCCGCUACUGGAGAACUAAAGUCUCCCGGGAAUGUCCUCUGUGCAGGACCCAGUCCUCUGAUGAUCCUCCAACAAACCUGGCUCUCAGACAGCUCUGUAGUACUUACCGAGAGGUGAGAGGUCAUCCUGGAGCUCAGUGUGAUCUUCAUGGUGAGGAGCUGAAGCUUUACUGUGUGGAGGACAAAGAGACGGUAUGUGAGAGCUGUUUAAUGUCCAGCAGACACCUCCAGCACACACUCCGUCCUGUCAGAGAGGCAGCUGCUGAAAUGAAGGAUGUUCUUAAUAGUGCUCUGAAGCCCCUGACAGUGAAAGUGAAAUACAUCCAAGAUGCAAAGUUUACCUGUGAACAGAAUGUAGAUCAUGUAACGCACCAGGCUGACUAUGUAAGGGAUCAAAUCACAAUGGAGUAUAAAAAACUUUUCCAGUUCCUAAAAGAUGAACGUAAAGCCAUGUUUACUGCACUGAAAGAAGAGGAAAAUCAGAAAACACAGAGUCUAAAAAACAAAAUACAAGAAAUGACAAAAAUGAGACAGUCACUUUUAAGCUCUAUCUCCAUGGUGAGACGUGAACUGGAGUCUGAAGAUGUCAGAGUUAUAAAGAAUUUUUACACAACACUUGAAAAAACCCAGUACACAGUGUCUGAACCAGAUGUUGCCUCCACAGAAGUGAUUAAUGUUGCACAGUAUCUGGGCAACCUGCAGUUUAAAGUAUGGGAAAAAAUGCAGAGCAUCAUUAAAUACACUCCCGUGGUCUUGGAUCCAAACACAGCUCAUGCACAACUUGUCCUGUCUGCGGAUCUGACCAGCGUGAGAAACACUGAAGAUGACUCUGAAGAUGACUAUGAGAAUAUGCCGGUUCUGGACACUCCAGAGAGGUUUACCAGGUCUUUGUGUGUGUUGGCCUCUGAAGGUUUCUCUUCGGGAGUACACAGUUGGGAUGUUGAAGUGGGAAACAGCACUUUUUGGAUGAUUGGUGUGACCAAAGAGUCUGUGCAAAGAAAAAGAGACAGUGUUUUUCCUAGUGGAGUCUGGGCUAUUGGUUUUGAUGACGAAAAUCUGUAUGCUCUAUCACCUUCUGAAUCAAACACACCUCUUCCUGUUGCUACCAGACCUCAGGUGGUGAGGAUUUCUUUGGACAUUGAUGCUGGGGAAGUGUGGUUUCUAGACCCUUGCAGUAAAGUUGUUGUCCAUGUAUUUUCACAUCAUUUUACAGAGAAAGUCUUUCCAUUCUGUCAUAGUCUGUGCAGUUCCUCUGCUUUAAGGAUUUUGCCCCUCCAGCCUUUUGUAGACCUGAGAAAACUUUAUUAAUGCAAAGGUGUUUAUGUUUCCCACCUAAAACUCAAUUUAAUUAGCAGGUUACCUUUACAAGUAAUGUGUAUUCUUUUUGCCGUUUAAACAUGACACUUGAAUUGUAAUUUACUGGAUUGCACUUGUUCAGUUUGGUCACAGUGUGUCUCUUUACACACACUGUGUGGUACAAAUGCCAAAACUCAGGUGAUUUUACCUGCUAUUCCUGUUUUUUUCUUUUCAACCUCUGUAUCAAAAUUUAAAAAU